AUGGCGACAGCUCAGUUAACUGCAACGACAAUUUCUGCUAAGAUUUUGCCGUCAUUUGAAGGGCUAAGACCAUCAACUGUCAGGGUCUUAUCUGCUGCACCUUUGAGAACCGGUGGUUGUCUCACCCAAAGGUCCUUCCAUGCUCUCGUCGUCAGAGCUGCCACUGUUGUUGCUCCUAAGUACACGUCACUUAAGCCCUUGGGUGACCGAGUGUUGGUGAAAAUUAAGAUUGCUGAGGAGAAGACUGUAGGUGGUAUCUUACUGCCAACAACAGCACAAACAAAGCCUCAAGGAGGUGAGGUGGUUGCUGUUGGAGAAGGUCGAACAGUUGGAAAGAACAAGGUGGAUGUCAGCAUAAAGACUGGUACCCAGGUAGUGUACUCCAAGUAUACUGGCACUGAGGUAGAGUUUGAUGAAUCCAAUCAUCUCAUACUGAAGGAGGAUGACAUUAUUGGCAUUCUUGACACGGAUGAUGUUAAGGAUAUGAAGCCCUUGAAUGACAGAGUUCUAAUCAAGGUUGCUGAGGCUGAGGAGAAAACAGCUGGAGGCUUGUUACUGACAGAGGCCAGCAAGGAGAAACCUUCCAUUGGCACAGUAAUUGCUGUGGGGCCUGGUCCUUUGGAUGAGGAAGGGAACAAGAGUUCAUUAUCAAUUUCCCCUGGGAACACGGUUCUGUACUCCAGAUAUGCAGGGAAUGACUUCAAAGGUGCCGAUGGUUCUGAAUACAUAGCCCUAAGGGCAUCUGAUGUAAUGGCUGUGCUUUCGUAG